CGUUAGGGCAAAUUGUGUUCAGUUCUUCGCGAAUUCUUGAACUCUCAUCAACUAAAUAUCGGGAUUUAAUAAAAAUGGAUAGUACAAUAUCUGGGAUAUAUUGAUGGUGCUGAAAAGGAUAAAAGGAUAUUACGGGUUCAUAUAAACUUCUAAGUAACUAAACAUUGCGAUACCUUUAAGAUAAGAAGAAUUUGCUGCGCAUUGAAUAUAUGAGUGAAGCAAAAUGUCACAACGCAAGGCUGAUGAUGACCCCGAAAAGGGUGAACCCAGCUACAACAUCACUAUGGGAGAGGAGUAUAUGCUAAAUGAGGUUGAAAAGAAUUUCAUAUUAGCGGCCGAACGUGGUGACAUACAGGGUGUUAAGAAAAUAAUCGAAGACCACAAGGGUCAACCGGAUAAGUUUAACUUAAACUGUGUGGAUCCGCUCAAUCGCUCAGCGCUCAUUUCAGCCAUUGAGAAUGAAAAUUUCGAUUUGAUCAUUGUGCUGUUGGAAUGUGGUAUCGAAGUGGGCGAUGCGCUGUUACAUGCCAUUUCCGAGGAGUACGUCGAGGCCGUGGAGGAAUUGCUGCAGUGGGAGGAAACGCAUCACAAAGAGGGACAGCCCUAUAGCUGGGAAUCUGUUGACCGUUCUAAGUCGACAUUCACGCCGGACAUCACGCCAUUAAUAUUGGCAGCGCAUCGCAACAAUUACGAGAUACUCAAAAUACUGUUGGAUCGUGGUGCCACAUUGCCGAUGCCGCAUGACGUGAAAUGUGGUUGCGACGAGUGCGUCACCUCGCAAGAAACCGAUUCGCUGCGACACUCACAAUCGCGUAUCAAUGCCUACCGCGCCCUCUCUGCCAGUUCACUGAUAGCACUUAGCUCAAGGGAUCCUGUUCUUACGGCAUUUGAACUGUCGUGGGAAUUGAAGCGACUGCAGGCGAUGGAAUCCGAAUUCAGAGCGGAAUACACGGAAAUGCGUGUGGGUGUGCAAGAGUUUGUCUCAUCAUUAUUGGAUCACGCACGCACUUCAACCGAACUGGAGGUAAUGCUCAACUUCAAUCACGAGCCAACCACCGACAUUUGGAUGCCGGGGCAGCGCCAAACUUUGGAGCGCCUCAAAUUGGCCAUAAGAUACAAGCAGAAAGCGUUUGUGGCCCAUCCGAAUGUGCAACAACUGUUGGCAGCCAUUUGGUAUGAAGGUCUACCCGGUUUUAGGCGCAAGCAAGCCUCUCAACAGAUCAUGGAGGUGGUGAAGCUGGGCACCAUGUUCCCCAUUAACAGCAUGAACUAUUUGCUGGCGCCGGACUCGGAUGCGGGCAAAUUCAUGAGAAAGCCAUUUGUGAAGUUCAUAUCGCAUUCCUGCUCAUACAUGUUCUUUUUGAUGCUUCUGGGCGCAGCGUCGCUGCGUGUUGUUCAAUUGUCAUUCGAGUUGGUUGGGUUCCCUUGGAUGCUGGCAAUGUUGGAGGAUUGGCGAAAGCAUGAGCGUGGUUCUUUGCCGGGUCCCAUCGAAUUGGGCAUUAUUACCUAUAUUGCCAGUCUCGUCUUUGGUGAACUGAAAACGCUUUAUUCGGAUGGUUUGUUCGAGUAUAUAAUGGAUCUUUGGAAUAUCGUCGACUUUGUUUCUAAUAUGUUCUAUGUAACUUGGAUACUUUGUAGAGCGACAGCAUGGAUUAUAGUACAUCGCGAUCUGUGGUACCGCGGUAUCGAUCCUUACUUUCCACGUGAACAUUGGCACCCUUUCGAUCCGAUGUUACUCUCCGAAGGCGCCUUUGCUGCCGGCAUGGUGUUCUCCUACUUAAAGUUGGUGCAUAUCUUCUCAAUCAAUCCACAUUUGGGACCACUGCAAGUAUCUUUGGGACGCAUGAUCAUCGAUAUCAUCAAAUUUUUCUUCAUCUACACCUUGGUGUUAUUCGCCUUCGGCUGCGGUUUGAAUCAGCUAUUGUGGUACUAUGCGGAAUUGGAGAAGAACAAGUGCUAUCACCUGCAUCCAGAUGUGGCGGAUUUUGAUGACCAAGAAAAGGCCUGCACUAUUUGGCGUCGUUUUUCGAAUCUCUUUGAGACCUCACAAUCACUUUUUUGGGCUUCCUUCGGUUUGGUCGAUUUGGUAUCCUUCGAUUUGGCGGGCAUUAAGAGUUUUACACGUUUUUGGGCUCUACUCAUGUUCGGCUCCUACUCGGUUAUAAAUAUUAUUGUGCUACUCAACAUGCUUAUUGCCAUGAUGUCCAACUCGUAUCAAAUUAUUUCGGAACGCGCCGAUGUUGAAUGGAAAUUCGCACGCUCUCAGCUGUGGAUGAGUUAUUUCGAGGAUGGUGGCACUGUGCCGCCUCCGUUCAAUAUUAUGCCAUCGGUGAAACUCUUACGCAAGACACUAGGAAAGGAGGCACCGAAACGUACCAAGAGCUUUAUGCGCAAGACGAAGGAGCGCUCACAGGCGUUGCACGACAAAGUCAUGAAACUGUUGAUACGACGUUUCGUCACCGCAGAGCAGCGCCGUCGUGACGACUAUGGCAUAACCGAAGAUGAUAUCAUUGAAGUGCGUCAGGACAUUAGCUCGCUGCGUUUCGAGCUAUUGGACAUUUUCCAAACGAAUCGUUUCAAUGUGCCCGAUAUUGAGAAGAAAACAGCAGCUGCGGCGGCCGGCACCAAGAAGGGUAAAGUGAUGGAGCGGCGCAUACUGAAAGACUUCCAAAUUGGUUUUGUUGAGAAUUUGCAGCAUGAGAUGACCGUCGGUGAUGAGGGUAGCAAAGAUAUCUUCUCCUCUUUGGCGAGGGUGAUUGGCAAGAAGAAAUCACUGAAGUCGGGUGAGAAAGACUGGAAUGCCAUUGCACGGCAGAACACAAUGACCGCCGAUCCGAUUGGCUCUAAACGUUCCUCCAUACAGCGGCACAGUCAGCGCAGCUUGCGACGCAAGAUCAUCGAUCAGGCGAAUGAGGGUCUCAAGAUGAACCAGAACCAGUUAAUUGAAUUCAAUCCCAAUUUGGGUGAUGUGACACGCGCCACACGAGUUGCUUAUGUGAAGUUCAUGAAGAAGAAGAUGGCUGCUGAGGAAGACGGUGCCGCAUCCGCAUCUGGAGAUGCAGCAACAACCAGUGCUACGAUUACAGACGAAAAACCUGCUACAGGAUCGAAGAAAAUUAAACCGGAUGAUCCGAAAGCUGCCAGCGAUGAAAAGGCUGAUACUGUCUCCAAAACUUCCAGCACCGAUGCUAAGGCAAAGCCUGGUGAUGGUAAAGAAAGUAAGCCCGGUGAUGGUAAAGCGCCGGAUGGUAAACCGGCUGACGCUAAACCAGCCGCACCAGCUCCGCCUGGAAAACCCGCUGCCACCGGCGCUAAACCAACCGAUGCAACAAAGAAAGAUGAUGCAGCGAAGCCAGCUCCAACUGCCGCGGCAAAAUCACCACCUCCAGCUGCUGUUAAACCAGACGGAGCAGCUAAGAAGGAUGACGCCGCUAAGCCAGCCGGCGCCGAUGCCAAGCCCGCCACAGCAAAUAAGCCAGCUGAUGGUUCUGCCGCCUCCACCGCUGCCGCCAAGCCGGCUAUUGCUAAGCCCGGUGAAGCAACGAAACCAGAAGCUGCUGCCAAGAAGGAAGACACUGCUAAGACAGAAGCUGCGAAACCUGGCGCUGCUGCAGGUGCCAGUGCAACUGCUGCUGCCGCCAAAGGUGCUGCACCGUCUGCGCCCGCGGGUGCAAAGCCCGAUGCACCAGCAGCUGGAAGCGAUGCAAAACCGCCGGCAACGGGUCCGACAGCCACCAAAGCGGCUGGAGAUGCUACUGGUGCAAGUAGUAGUGGCGGUGCGGCUGGCGCGAGUACGGGUGCGACGUCGAAAACUGAUGACAAAAAAGCGGAUGAAAAGAAGGGCGACGAGAAGAAAACAGACGAUAAGAAAACGGACGAAAAGAAAGUAGAUGAGAAAAAACCGGAUGACAAGAAAGCAGCGGCACCCGCUCCGGCUAAGCCACAAAUUAAAGUGGGUCAAAGCAGUGCGGCUGCCGGUGGUGAACGUGGAAAGUCGACAGUUACUGGCCGUAUGAUAUCGGGAUGGCUUUAAAUUGAGUGUAUGUUUUAUACGUACUUCCAGGUCGGUAGCUUGAGUUUUGAAACCUGGAAGAUUUACUAACAUACUUACGUACAUUUUGUGCUUUGCAAGAGACAAAUAAAUUUAUAUUAAAUUGAAGUUGUUUUAAGUGAAUAAAUAAAAAAAUAUAUAAAAAAGUUGAAA